GGUCAAUGUUUUUACAGGAAAUACAUUAGGUGUGAUACUACGAGGAGACAAGGGAAACGCAUUUUUUUCUUCAAAAAGAACAGAAGCAAGGAAAUCGUAUUACUAGUAUAAGACAGCCAGCAGGAAAUGACUAACUGAGUAUAGUGAUGGCAGAAGCAUCUCUUGACCAAAGUGAAAUGUCUGAGGAUAACCAGUGCGAAAGUAUUGUCACUUUUGUAGAAAAGAACAGUAGCAAUGAGAAGAUAAAAGAGCUGUAUGAUGCCUGGGAAAGUCUGUGUGUCAAUUUACAGAUUGACCUGACCUACGUUAGAUGGAAGUUGGACUCCUGGUUCCAGGAUUGUUACCAUGCCAGUCAAGAUAUCAGAAAACUGAGUGAGGUGUCACCAGAGAUGGCUCAAAGAAGGAAAGAAGAUUUGUAUGAACAAUUUAUGACAGAGAUUAAAAUGGUCAUUGAAGCACAUAAAGAAAAUUUUAUAAAUAAAGUCAAGAUAGAGGCGGCAAAAGAUGAGGUCUAUAGAAACUACCAUCAUAACCCUGAGGACUGGGUAGACAAAGCCAUUGAAUGUGUGGAAAAAGAAAUGGAACUUGUAGCCAAUUUUAAAAAGGUUUUUGAAGAAUUUACUAUCUUUAAAAUACAAUGCUUAAAUUAA